GGGGAAGAGACGCUCGGGGCGGGAGCCAGCCGGACGGGUCGCUCCGGCUCUCCGGGGACAGGAGCUGCCCGGCCCUGGAGAAGGGGCGAGUCCUGCGCGAGCCCCCGGGAAGCGCCGCGCGCUCCAAAGGGACGGUCGGGCUUCCCCGGCCCGCACUGGGCUCGGCGCCGGGCUCCCCUCCUUUCCACCUCGGGAGGAAGGGAAGGAGGGGAGGGGAAGGUCCCGCGGAGGGGGCAGAAUGGCCGGACGAGGGGGUCUCCAGCGCUUCUUUUUCCCAGAGCUGCCUCCACCCCUGCGGCUACCGCGAGGGCCGGCCUGAGCCGGAGCUGGGGGUCAGCGCAGCCCCCCGGGGCCGGGGCAGCGGCGCCAGCAUGUCGUCCGGAACUAUGAAGUUCAAUGGCUAUCUGAGGGUCCGCAUCGGCGAGGCUGUGGGGCUGCAGCCCACCCGCUGGUCCCUGCGUCACUCGCUCUUCAAGAAGGGCCACCAGCUUCUGGACCCCUACCUGACGGUGAGCGUGGACCAGGUGCGCGUGGGCCAGACCAGCACCAAGCAGAAGACCAACAAACCCACGUACAACGAGGAGUUCUGCGCCAACGUCACCGACGGCGGCCACCUCGAGCUGGCCGUUUUCCACGAGACCCCCCUGGGCUACGACCACUUCGUGGCCAACUGCACUCUGCAGUUCCAGGAGCUGCUGCGGACGGCCGGCGCCUCGGACACCUUCGAGGGCUGGGUGGAUCUGGAACCAGAGGGGAAAGUGUUUGUGGUGAUCACCCUAACUGGGAGUUUCACUGAAGCUACUCUCCAAAGAGACCGAAUCUUCAAACAUUUUACCAGAAAGCGCCAAAGGGCGAUGCGAAGACGGGUCCACCAGAUCAAUGGACACAAGUUCAUGGCCACAUACCUGAGGCAGCCAACCUACUGCUCCCACUGCAGAGAGUUCAUCUGGGGAGUAUUUGGGAAACAGGGUUAUCAAUGCCAAGUGUGCACCUGUGUCGUCCAUAAACGCUGCCAUCAUCUAAUUGUUACGGCCUGCACUUGCCAAAACAACAACAAUAAAGUGGAUUCAAAGAUUGCUGAACAGAGGUUCGGAAUUAACAUCCCACACAAAUUCAACAUCCACAACUACAAAGUGCCAACCUUCUGCGACCACUGUGGCUCCCUGCUCUGGGGGAUAAUGCGGCAAGGGCUUCAGUGUAAAAUCUGUAAGAUGAAUGUGCACAUCCGAUGUCAAGCCAACGUGGCCCCUAACUGUGGGGUGAACGCAGUGGAGCUCGCUAAGACCCUGGCAGGGAUGGGCCUCCAACCUGGGAAUAUUUCCCCAACCUCGAAACUUGUGUCCAGAUCAACCCUAAGACGACAGGGAAAGGAGAGCAGCAAAGAAGGAAAUGGGAUUGGGGUUAAUUCUUCCAACCGACUGGGUAUUGACAACUUUGAGUUCAUCCGAGUGCUGGGGAAGGGGAGUUUUGGGAAGGUGAUGCUUGCGAGAAUAAAAGAAACGGGAGACCUCUACGCUGUGAAGAUUCUAAAGAAGGACGUGAUCCUGCAAGAUGAUGACGUGGAGUGUACCAUGACCGAGAAAAGGAUCCUGUCUUUGGCCCGCAAUCACCCCUUCCUCACUCAGCUGUUCUGCUGCUUCCAGACCCCUGACCGUCUCUUCUUCGUGAUGGAGUUUGUGAAUGGGGGCGACCUGAUGUUCCACAUUCAGAAGUCCCGUCGUUUUGAUGAAGCGAGGGCUCGUUUCUAUGCUGCGGAGAUCAUUUCGGCGCUCAUGUUCCUCCACGAGAAAGGGAUCAUCUAUCGAGAUCUGAAACUGGACAAUGUCCUGCUGGACCAUGAGGGGCACUGCAAAUUGGCAGACUUUGGCAUGUGCAAGGAGGGGAUUUGUAACGGAGUCACCACAGCCACCUUCUGCGGCACACCCGACUAUAUUGCUCCAGAGAUCCUCCAGGAGAUGCUGUACGGGCCGGCCGUGGACUGGUGGGCCAUGGGCGUGCUGCUCUACGAGAUGCUGUGUGGCCACGCACCCUUUGAGGCAGAGAAUGAAGAUGACCUUUUCGAGGCCAUCCUGAAUGAUGACGUGGUCUACCCGACGUGGCUCCAUGAAGAUGCCACAGGGAUCCUAAAAUCCUUCAUGACCAAGAACCCCAGCAUGCGGCUGGGCAGCCUGACCCAAGGCGGUGAGCACGCCAUCCUGAGACAUCCUUUCUUCAAGGAGAUCAACUGGGCCCAGCUGAACCACCGCCAGCUAGAGCCGCCUUUCAGACCCAGAAUCAAAUCCCGAGAAGAUGUCAGUAAUUUUGACCCCGACUUCAUAAAGGAAGAGCCAAUUUUAACUCCCAUUGAUGAGGGACAUCUUCCCAUGAUUAACCAGGAGGAGUUUAGAAACUUUUCCUAUAUGUCUCCAGAACUGCAACCAUAGCCUCCCAGAGAGUGAGAGGGAUGGUAAGGAGACUCAAAAGGGAAGAGAGAUUUUCUGGGUAUUUCCUUUGUGGGAAUUCCCUUGCAUCAGCCUUAGAACAAGAGCCUUACCUUCGAGGGACAAAUGGAGAACUCCGAAGGACAGACCUUGAAGAGAUGAACUAUUUCAGGAGGAGCCAUGAUACUGGAAAUAGUUGACACCCAAAUGACAUUUUAUAAGGAAGUAUACCGUUCAACCUAUGAGUAUCUGUGGCUAUUUCAGGCUUGGGAUAUUAACAGGUGCCAAGAGGAGAGGAAGUAUGAAGAAUAAACUAGAUUCUAGAACUUCUGAGCCAAGCAAGCUUUUUACAUCAAGACACAGAUUACAACUUUCUAUAGGCCACCUUGUUCUUUAAGCCAACCAACUCCUGAUGCAGCAGUCUGUAAGAAGCCUCUACAGAAUUUAAAGCCAGUAAAGAAUUUAAAGGUCUAGUAAAGGAAAUAAAUGUUUUUCCAAAUAGAUUCGCGCUGAAGUAACAAAACAACAGUAUUCCUAAAAUUCAGCCACUUAAAGCCUGCUCUUGAAGGUAGAUGCUGGGCAUCAAGACAGUCGCCACAGUUUAUUUUUUAUCCUUACUUUCUCUCGUAUCUAUUUAUUGAGUUUCCAGUGACAGGGGCCAUGCUACCAUAGAUCAUACAUUUACAUUUAUGAAGCUUUCAUUCAUUCUGGAGUCUACUGACUGACUUGAAUGGUGUUUGCAUUCUGUGAAAUGCCUCUCCACGUUGCAUAUGGCACAAUUCCUCGUCUGUACAUCACUCUUUUUUCAGAGAAAGAUCACUGCCACAACAGCACGAUGACUAGCCUGCUGACCUGGGGAAUCUGAUCACGUCGAUACCACUCCGGGCUCAUCAGCAAAGAAUUGCAGGCUACACGUGUCAGUGACCCCCACUUACGGAUUAUACAUUAGCAGUUUAUUUAUGUUUUAAGAGACAAAGAUGUUUGUUUGAUAUACGCUUUAAUAAUUAGAAAUGGAUCUUGUACACAGGGAAUAUAUCAAAGACAGACAUUAUAUGUACCCGUAUAUGCAGUUGGAGAAUUUUGGCUGGAAAUAAACGCAUUUUGUAGCAAAA